AUGGAAGAACCAACCCCAGUGCCUGUGCCUGUCGAUGUGGACAAAGGAUUGGCAUUGGCGUGUUUUGUCUUCCUUUGUUUCUUCCUCAUUGUAAUGAUUAUUCGAUGUGCCAAAGUCAUCAUGGACCCGUAUAGUGCCAUCCCCACGUCUACCUGGGAAGAGCAGCAUCUGGAUGACUGA